UGUAUUCUCCGUAGCAGCAAAUUCGACCUUCUCGCGACAGUACAUAUAGAGCCAUUUGCAAUUUUGCCAUUAUCAUUUGUGGGCUUCGCCAUUAUGCCAUCGGACCCACAAAUCAUAGACACAGAUGGUCCCACCAGUCAUAGACACGGGAUGGCAUAAUAACAGGCAGCCAAAUUUGAGAGUGGCAAAACAGCAAAUUUCUCGUACAUAUAUCCCCGUUGCCAUCCUUAGCUGUGGCGCAGAGCUGCGUGCGGCGUGCCUGUCUCCUCCUCCAGAGAUCUCCACACACACAUGUCCUACUGGCGACUGCCAUGGGUGUGCCUUCUGGUUCUGGAAGACGAUGGCCUGAUGAGGGCCCGGGUACUUGUUGCCAUUCCAUUGCUGACCAUGGAUGCAAUGCAAUGCAUCUGUCCACAUUGAUCGCUCCGCUCACAUCGGUCCGUCAUUGCAUUGCAGGAGGAGGUACAGAUACAGUACAGGUACUCAGCUCCUCACUAAGACAAGCUCUGGCCAGCGACCGAUCGACCGGUCGUCCCUUAAACCCUACACCCUCCGUGGUCCGUCUGUGCUCUUCAUCACGCCACAAGCCGCAUCCAUCUGCCCACGGCCCACCUCAUAUGGGGAGACCAUAAACUGGCAGUUAGCUAGGACACUGCCGCCGAUCACUCCGAUUGUUCCCUUUUGUUUCAUAAAUCAUGAGCCAAUGAGUCAUGCCUGUGUUCAUGCAAUUGAAGCUAGCAGUCAUUUCUGGCGGUGGGUACAAAAUUGAAGGUGCUAGCUGUUGCGGGGAGGACUUCCUCUUCCUCACCCUCACAUGGCCGGUGCAGUGGGGGCAGAUCGCAGACGUGUGAGGCAAUGGAACAAUCUUGAGGCGAGACGUGAGAGCAGUUCCAGUUCCAGUUCCAGAGAGCAAUGAGUGGCCACCGGGCCUCUGCUCCUUCAUUCUUGGAGUAGUGCGUCUUGCGCAGAUGGGCAAGGCGAGCCAGUGGCUCAGAAACUUGUUGCUGUCCGGCAGGAAAGGGAGGAAGGCCAAGGACAGGGCUGAAGCCGACUGCCAGUCGGUGCUGUCCGCGCCGCUGCCCUCGCACGCGCAGGCGGCGGCGACACCGCACGGGAGGGAGAAGAGGCGGUGGAGCUUCCGGCGGCCGGGCGCGGCAGCGUCCAGCUCCCAGGGCCCGCUCGCGUCCUCGUCGUCGCACUGCUUCUCGGAGGCGGAGCUGCAUGUCGUCGUGGUGCAGCAGGAGCAGGGACAGCAGCAGGCCGCGGCCGCCGCCGUCCCUGAGGCGGCGUCCACCUCGGGCACGGUCGUCGCGCUUCCGGCGUCGGGGAGGAGGACGAGGAGGAGGAACGCCCGCGGCGGUGGUCGUGGCGGGGAGGCCGCCGCGGCGGCGGUCAAGAUCCAGUCGGCCUUCCGAUCGUACCUGGCGAGGAAGGCGCUAUGCGCGCUGCGAGGGAUGGUGAUGCUGCAGGCGAUUGUGAGGGGACAGCUGGUGCGGCGCCAGGCCAGCCUGACGCUCCGGCGCAUGCAGGCGCUCGUCUACGCCCAGCGCCGCGCGCGCGCCGAGCGGCUGCGCCUCCUCGAUGUCGUCGAGGACGACGCCUCCAGGCAGCAGGCCGCCUCAGCCACGCCGCCGAGGCGGCGCUCGCCGUCGCCGCAGCACCCGCGGUCCUGGAAGCCACUGGUGAGCAGAGCACUGUGGCACUGCCCUUCUUCCGACGAGGAAGAAACUGACAAAUGCGCGCGGUGGGUUGCUCUUGCGGUCUUGCCUUCGCUGUGCUGUGCAGGAGGCGGUGGAGAGGCGUCUAGAGGAGAACGUCCGGACCGUGGAGGUGGACGACGGCGCGCCGAGGGCGGGCGCGCGGCGCAACAGCUGCGGCCACUGCUCGGCGUCGACGACGCCGAGCCGCACGCCCAUGCCGAAGGCCGAGCCGCGCCAGAAGGUCUCGCCGUCACCGUCGCCGUCGGCGCUGACGGACGGGAGCGCGCGGACGCCCAGCGGCCGCUUGGACGACGCGUCCUUCACCUCCACGUCGGAGCCGAUGCCGAGCCUGCGCGCGGCCCCGCCGUCCUACAUGGCCAACACGGAGUCGUCGCGCGCCAAGGCGCGGUCGCAGAGCGCGCCGAGGCAGCGCCUCUCAUCGGCGCCCGAGACGGCGCCGGCGGCCACGGCCGUGCUGUCUCCGUCGUGCUGCGACCGUCCGCCUAGCCAGGGCGGGGGCAGCGCGCGGCGCAGGGCGUCGCUGGACCCGCUGGACCUGCCCGGCGGCGCGCCGUCAAGGCGCAUGGAGCGGUGCGCGUCGCGGGCGCGCGCGACCACGAUGUCGUCGGUCCCCGGCAGCGAGUGCGGGUCUUCGAGCACCGUCGGGCACCGCGGCAGCGCGCACGGGCCAUGGCUUGGGUGACUACGUACUGGCCCUUGUCUCUUCGUCAGUCUACGCUUGCCGAUUGAGGUGAAACUGAAGGUGCAGAUGUCCUACGGUGUGUUUGGCAGUAGAAGAAGCUGACGGAGCCAAGGAAUAUGGGGACCUUCUUCGAUCAUGGCGUGUUUUGCGUGCCGGUUUUUUGUCUGUGUGGAUGUACGGUGGGUGUGUUUUUUCUUGGAGUGAUUAUUUGCUAUGUGGUGUUGGAGUGAGAGUGAUGUUAUUUCCAGUUUCAAGAGCUGAUAUACUUGCAAAGUGAAACGAUAAACCUGCUGCAAACCCUCCCAUUUUCGAGAAAUUUGUAUUUUUGCCACUGCAAAGAUGGUCUCCUUGU